ACACAGGUGUAAAAGGCCAAGAAAAAAAGUAGAUAAAAAUAGAACGGCCCCUUUAAGAACUCCCAUCCCAUUUUACUCUAUGUUUACAUAACAGUAUGGACGCGUCCACUCUACACUCCAUCGGAGGGGGAGGAUGUCGGCGACGUCAUACGUGUGAGGUUCAAGUUCCCAGUCAGUUACUCGUUGACUAUGAUCUGUAAAUAUUACUAGGAAAUGAACGGAGCGGGAGGACGGUAGAUAAGAACGAGCAGAGGGGAGGCAGAACGGAUACGAGAUGAGACCACGCCCCUUUCUCCCCCCGGGGGUAAUUCGGUGUCCUGUUGCCACGGCACUUGGAGAGCAGCGGGGUUCCAUUUGUUGUCUGGAGGGGGAGGAGGAAGGAGGUCGGCCCGGCGAGUCAUUCGCAGCCUCGGAGCAGGAGGGCGGAGAGGAAGAGAAGAAGAAGAGGAGGAGGAGGGGGGCCGACAGCAUCUCGUACGGGUAGUGGCAGCGGCUUGUAUCCGAGGAGAGACUGCACCGCGCGGUGGGCGGUUGGCUUGGAGCAUCACCCCCCCCUCCGUGACCUGGUGAAGUGGAGUGUCCCGGGGUUUGGCCGUUACCAAGGAGGAAGGAGAGCUGACCGGGUUUGUCGCCUGGAUUCCCCCCCGGACUUGUGAUCUGCGCCACGGAGGGGAGCCUCUAUGAAGUCGGCCGAGCAGCUCCCCGGGGGGUUGCGUUAGCGAUUGUGGAGGGGAUUGUGGCGGCUCGCGGAGGAUCGUCCUCCAUGUUUUCCCCGAGUCAGGAGGAGCACUGCGCCCCCAACAAGGAGCCCGUCAAGUACGGGGAGCUGGUGGUGCUGGGGUACAAUGGCUGCCUUCCUAACGGAGACCGAGGCAGAAGGAAAAGCAGAUUUGCACUCUAUAAGCGGCCUAAAUCCAACGGUGUCAGAGCCAGCAGCGUUCACGUGAUCUCCACUCCACAGGCCUCUAAGGGUCUAUGUAUACAGAAUGAAGGGAGCAGCGCUGAUAGUGUGCAGGCGUGCGCAGUCUCACACAGUCCUGCAGAGGAGCUGGCACCAGCAGGCACUGGCGGCAGUGUGACAGGCAGUGACCUAGCGCAGGGCAGCUCUGGGCUGCAGAAGACCUUAGCUUGCCCAGAAGAUGAAGCAGCGGACAUGUCUCAGGAGCAUUUGGGUAGCAGCUCAGAUGAUGAUGAUGAUCACCAAAUAGAUCUUGCCCGCCGUUUCCAGGCGAUCAGCAGUAGAGGUCAGCACAGCAUCUCCUACACGCUGUCCAGAAACCAGACCGUGGUGGUGGAGUACACGCACGACAAGGACACCGACAUGUUUCAGAUUGGAAGAUCGACAGAAAGCCCGAUUGACUUUGUUGUUACGGACACAAUAUCUGGUAACCAGAACGAUGAGACUCAGAUAACACAAAGUACCAUCUCCAGGUUCGCAUGCAGGAUCGUCUGUGACCGCAAUCUACCGUACACGGCGAGGAUCUUUGCAGCGGGAUUCGACUCCUCAAAAAAUAUCUUUCUUGGUGAGAAAGCAGCUAAGUGGAAGAACACCGAUGGUCACAUGGAUGGAUUAACCACCAAUGGUGUUCUUGUAAUGCAUCCGAAAGGGGGUUUCACUGAUGAAUCCAAACCUGGUGUUUGGAGGGAAAUCUCAGUUUGUGGGGAUGUCUACACUCUCCGAGAAACCAGGUCGGCUCAGCAGAGAGGAAAACUGGUGGAGAACGAAACCAACAUUCUUCAGGAUGGAUCUCUGAUUGACUUGUGUGGAGCUACCCUCCUCUGGAGAACAGCAGAUGGCUUGUUUCAUACACCAACCCAAAAACACAUUGAAGCCUUGAGACAGGAGAUUAACGCCGCCCGGCCUCAGUGUCCAGUUGGAUUAAACACUUUAGCUUUUCCAAGUAUUAACCGCAAGGAUGUAGUGGAAGAAAAACAGCCUUGGGCUUACCUUACCUGUGGCCACGUACACGGAUAUCACAACUGGGGUCAUCGGAGCGACGCGGAUGCCAACGAGAGGGAAUGCCCUAUGUGCAGAACAAUUGGUCCAUAUGUGCCUCUCUGGCUUGGAUGCGAAGCUGGAUUUUACGUAGACGUUGGCCCUCCUACACACGCUUUUAGCCCUUGCGGACAUGUCUGCUCAGAAAAAUCUGCCAAAUACUGGUCUCAGAUCCCACUUCCUCACGGUACCCACGCAUUUCACGCCGCUUGUCCUUUCUGUGCAACACAACUGACUGGAGAAGAAAGCUGCGUUAAGCUUAUUUUCCAGGGCCCUAUUGACUGAUGCUAUUUAUAACAGAAUAACAUUUUGUUAAUAAAAAAAAUUAAAAAAAAAAAAGAAAAAAUACUGUGAAGUUUUCACCACUAAUAACUAGAUUUUUUUUUUGUUAUUAUUUUAUCAAAGGGGCUCAAAUAGCUGAUGGUUUUUGUGUUUUCAAAUUGAUCAGAUGUGCACCAGCAGCUUAAUCGUGGACAUAUAAUUAUUUUUAUUUUAAUACAAACCCUUUGCUUGAAAGAGGGAUGCGUUUUCAUUUUUAAGUUUACUUUUUAUUUUGUGGUCAUUUCCCCCCCCCUUCCUAUACUGCCCACAGAGCAAAGGCAGCCAUCUUGCAGGCUUAGACAGUACUGGUUAAAGGGGUUGUCCGCGUUCA